CAGGUAGAGCUCCAGCUGCUCUUCCAAACUCUGAGACGCUUGAUCGCUAGACUGGUUGGUCCGAGUUACAGUGAGCACCAGGGAUUUAACUUGUCUUCUUCUUUUUUUUUUUCUUAAACUUUUCUUCCGACCAUGAAGCUGGAGGUUUUCUGCGGCGCGCAUCACCACGCGAAGGCGCAGGAGACAUGCAGCGAUGCCGAGACCAGCGUGCCGUCCCCGCUCUCCGGGGAAGACGAACUGGGCUCGGAUGGUGACUGCGCAGCGCACAGCCCGUGCGCACCUGUCGCGUCCUCCGCCGCCAUGUCCUCCGCGGGGGCGCGCAUCGAGGCCAAGGACAAGGGCAAGCCGUACACGCGCAGACCAAAGCCGCCGUACUCCUACAUCGCCCUGAUCGCCAUGGCCAUCCGCGACUCCGGCUCGGGCCGCCUGACGCUCGCUGAGAUAAACGACUACCUCAUGCGCAAGUUCCCGUUCUUCCGCGGCACGUACACGGGCUGGCGCAACUCGGUGCGGCACAACCUGUCGCUCAACGACUGCUUCCUGAAGGUGCUGCGCGACCCCUCGCGCCCCUGGGGCAAAGACAACUACUGGAUGCUGAACCCGCACAGCGAGUACACGUUCGCCGACGGCGUAUUCCGGCGACGCAGGAAGCGCAUCGGGAAGAAGACGGGCCGGGAGCAGGACGAGAGCGCGAGCCGAGCCUCCGCGGACUCUAUCAGCGCGCCCUCGGCGGCAAAGUUCACGAGCCCGUUCGCCAUCGACAGCAUCCUGAGCCGACCCUUCCGCAAAAGGGAGCAGCCGGAUGACCAGCGCGUGCCAGAGGACGUCGCUGCAGGCACGUGGCCAGGGCGCGCUCCCGCACCGACGCCUUACGUUACGCGCGGAGCACCGCUCCACUCGCUCGAUGCGAGCUCCGCGGUGCACUGCACCCUCCGCUCUUACGGCCUGAUGGGCGUCGCGUUGGAGGACUUGGCCGCCGGAGUCCGGCACGACAGAGACUUUCUCAGCGUACCUCGAAGCUCAGAGCGUCUUCCGGUCCCGAGGGUCACACCGUCCACCAAAGUCGCAGCCUUCCACCCGUUUCAAAUAGACUACCUAUUAUCCUAAUGCUGCGCAGGACAUUGUUUCAUCUGGCACUUUAAACGCACUGUACUUGCUUUUAGACUUUAAACAGAAUACAUUUCACCAAGAAGUUGCCAGCGGUGCACUUGGGAACUUUAGUAAAUGUAAAAUGGAAUACAAGCACAAAUACAGGAGAUAUUUUGACCUGUCAGUAAAUAAUGUUGUAUAAUAAUGUUGUAUCAUGUAUUUAUGAUGUUCUGUUGGUCAUUUCCCUCUGUGUGUGUGUGUGUGUGUGUGUGUGUGUGUGUUCGGAAUGAUGCUGCAAAAGGGAUUUUUUUUUGCCUCUACUGAAAUAUCACUUUGCUUGCUCUGUCGACUUUAAAAAGCAAUGAUAGCAAUGUUGUUGUUUUUUCCUGUUUUAAUAAUAAUAAUAAUAAUAAUAAUAAAAAAGGUCAGUUAAAAGGUACAAUGACAAUCUCAGCUCUGCCUGUAAACUGCACAGGACUGCUAAUGUCUACUGAAAAGAAUGCAUGCGAUUUUUUUUAAUGAGCAAUAAAUGUUUAUUUCUAUAGCAAAGAAAAAAUACGUGGCAAGUGAUUUACUUUUGUAUGAGACAUGUUGUGAAAUACAAUGUUGACACUUAAGAAACGAAAGAUUACGUAAUUAUAUAGCUUACACCAAAACAUAAAACAACAAAUG